AUGCAUACAGUGGAGCAAAAACUGCAACUGCAGGGACCACAAACUCAUCCUUUUUCAAUACUAAACCCACAACAAUCAUCAGAACAAUUACAACAACAUUCACUACAUACUUCACCUCAACAUCAACAAAUACAGAAUCAUAAUCAUCAUCAACAACAACAAUUACCAUCGUUAUCAAAUAUUACAUCUAUCAUGAAUCAUAAUACCCCUAAUCAAAUACCUUCGCAUAAUCAUUUACAACAUUAUACUAAUACACAUUCCCAACCUAAUCCUCCACCAUCUGCUCCUCCUACUCAAACCUUUACACAUAAUAGUCAUGGACCAGUUCCACCACCUAUAAAUACUCAUCAUUAUUCAUUACCUUCUUUGAGAGUUCCACCACCACCUCCUCCACCAUUAACAAGUUCAUCUACUUCCUCAUUACCUCAUUUAACUCCAUCAUUAACAAAUCAAUCUAAUCAUGCUUCAUUACCACAAUUAACUCCAACAAUAACAAAUGCAACUCAUUCAACAAUUUCAACUAUAUCAUCUUCAUCAUCAACUGAAUCAGCUGCUUCAUCAUCAUCAAAUAAUACAAAUGGUAGUAAACCUAAAUCAACAUCUUCAACAAAAAGAUCAAAUAAAGGUAGAGUAUUUCAAUGUACUGGAUAUCCAGGUUGUAAUAUGUCAUUUACAAGAUCAGAACAUUUGGCAAGACAUAAAAGAAAACAUACAGGAGAAAGACCUUUUACAUGUCCUUAUUGUUCAAAAAAUUUUAGUAGAUUAGAUAAUUUAAGACAACAUAAACAAACUGUUCAUGCUUAUGAAACUUAUUUAACAAAAGAUAAUCAUGAUAGUAAAUUAUUAGUUGAAAGACUGAAACAAAAGAAAAAAUUAAAACAACAACAAAAGAAAAGUAAUUUAGCAAUGGCUAUGCAUAAUCAACAACAACAACAACAACAGCAGCAGCAACAACAGCAUCAAGCUCAACAAGCUCAACAGCAACAACAAAUCUCACAACAAGUUCAACAUCAUCAUCAAAAUCACCUACAACAAUAUCCUUCACAAAUGAGUAUACAUGCACAUAAUGAUUCAAGACAUCAACCAAAUAUUUUCAAACAACAAUCAAAUUUACACAAUCCUCAUACUGUUUCAAUUCCACAAUAUCAAAGUCAAUAUUAUCAACAACAUCAACCACCACAUUCUGCUACUCAACAAGAAUUUCAACAUAAUCAAUUACAUAAUCACAGUCAAUCGCAACGUCAACUUCAACAGCAACAUAAUCAACAUCAAGCUCAACCUACUGGAUAUCAUAAACCAUUACCUCCCUUGCCUGAUCAAAUGGAUCAUAAUCAACAAAAUCAUCAACAAGUUCUUCAGCAGAAUCAAAAUCAACAGCAACAAACUUCACCACAAAAACCAAACAAUUCACCUAAACAACAACAAAAUGAACUAAAAAUCCCAUCUCAACAAUUUAAACCAAAAAGAAGACCAGAACCAUUAAGUUUACAAAAUUCAACAUUUAUAGAAUCAGAUUCAUUAAAUUCUGCAAAUUCAUCAUCAACAGCAACAAAAGAAUCAUUUUCAAAUUUUAGUCAACAAUCUAUACCAAAUUCAUCAAGUUUUAAUACAAGCUUUAAUUCAACAUCUACUACCACAAAUGCUAACGCACAUACUAAUUUAUUUAUAAAUAAUUCCAAUUAUUAUCCACCACCUCCAAAAUCAGCAUCUUCAUUAGCUUCAAUGACUCCAAAUUUAGCAAGUCCUUUAUCACCAAUGUUUCAAUCAUCAAGUUCAAAUAGUUAUUUGAAUGGUUCUGGUGGCAAUUCAGGUCAAAAAUAUUUUGGAUCUACUAAUAAUAAUGGAGCUGGUAAUUUAAAUCGUCAUUCUUCAAGUUCUUCAACAAUGACAAUUUCUUCAUCAUUAAAUAAAACUAUUAAUAAUAACACCUUCAAUAAUAGUGGUGGUGAAAAUAAACUGCAAUUUUUUGAUAAUGUUGGAGAUAGAGAUAAAAUUUUGACGAAUAAAGAAGAUGGAAUAAAUAAUGGAAUUAAUAAUUCUAAUAGUACUGGAUCAAGUAAUGGUAAUAAUAAUGGAAUGAAACAAAAAUUACCUUCUAUUUCUCAAUUAUUAAAAACUAAUUUUCAAGUUGGUAAUUUAAAUUCUUUUGAUCAAUCAAAAAAGGAAUAG